AUGAGCGAAAGUUCCAAAAGAAAACAUGAUAUCUUGCAAGAUCAGGAGAUCUUUGAUUCUUCCAUUAAGAAGAACAAGAAAUCAUCAUCUAAAUCAUCCAGUAAUGGCACGAAACAAAAGAAGGUUAAACUAGAAAAAUCUGACAGAAAGGAAAAAUCAAAAAAAAAUCGAAAAAGGACAAGAAAGAAGAGGUUACGGACGUUCCUGAAAGGAAAACCGUGUCCAUACUUAUACCAAUAUAGCGAAUCACUACAAUUAGAACAUGCUGUUGGUAAACUUCUAGAAUCCUACCAACGUAUCCUUGAUUUGUCUCCAAAUUUGAAAAUAUAUAAUCAAGCUAAAGAAAUUCAAAGUAAAUCAGAAGCCCCCGUAUCACAAUCAUUUUAUAGAUCAAAAUUGAAACUGGCAGCAGAAUUAAAAUCUUUGAAUUUCCUCCAAAAGGAAUCUAUAUUAAAGGAAAUAAGGGAAUACGACUCUAAUUUUAAUGUCGAUGACCUAAAACCAAUCUUAACGAAAUUACGUAAAUCUAAUAUCGAACAAUUACCAGAAUAUGAUGGUUCAAAACGUUCCUUGGACGAGAAAACAGAACAAUCAUUGGAAACUUUAACUAAUAAUGACGAUGAUGAUACUCAGGAAACAAACGGUAAUUGGCCGCCUGCAUUACCUGAAAUUAAGAACCCUGCCAUCAGAGCGAAAGUCUUUAUGCAUUCUUCAGUGGUUAAUAAAAAUAGUUUCUUGUCACCAAUUGAAUUAGUUCAUAAUAGCAACGAAAGAUUAGAAUUCUUAGGUGAUUCUAUUUUGAAUACUAUCAUGACUACCAUCAUUUAUGAUAAAUUCCCAGAUUAUAAUGAAGGGCAAUUAUCAUAUUUAAGAACUGAAUUGGUUAGAAAUAAAUGUUUGAAAGAAUGGUCUUAUCUAUACGGAUUUGAUAAGAAGUUGAAAGCUGACAUUAAUUUCCUUCUGGCUCAUGAUGAUAAGGGCGCAAAGAAAUAUAUUGCUGAUAUUUUUGAAGCCUAUAUUGGGGGGCUAAUGGAAGAUGAUCCCGUUAGAAAUUUACCAAGAAUUAGAAAAUGGUUAAAGAAGUUAGCAGAACCUGUCAUUGCUGAAGUGACAAAGACUAAAGUUGGUGUCACUGCAAAGGAAACAAAAGAUGUUAACGCUAAGAGAGAAUUGUAUUCCUUGAUUGGUUAUGCAGCUUUGAAUUUACAUUAUGUUCCAAUUAAAACUCCAACAAAUAUAGAAUCUGAAGCCAUUGUAGAAUGUAGAGUGGGUGAUGGUACUGUUCUCGGUAGAGGUGUUGCCAAAAAUACAAAAAUUGCAGGAGCUAAAGCUGCGGAAGCUGCCUUGGCAAACAAAGAAUUAAUCGAAAAAUACGCAAAGAUUCGUGCUAGUAUUCCAAGAGAAGAAUCAUCUGUUAGAAGAGUUAAUACUAAAUCCAGUAACACGAAAAAGAAAACUAAACCUGCUGGAAGUGUAAUUAAACCACCGACAACUGCAGAUUUCACUAAUUCACAAAUCAAAUUGGGUCCAGAUGGACAAUUGGUUCUGGAUUAA